UUCCAAAACACUGGAGCUAACAAUGUUUCUUGAAAAUUCUACAUCGUCUGCAAAGAAUAAAGUGACACUGCCACUUAAAAAAAAAAAAAAAAUCAAAUUGUAUUCAGUUUUGGUGAACGCAUGUACAACCCAGGGGCGGACUGACCAUUUGGAAACUCGGGCACUGCCCGAGGGCCCGGGGUCAGUAGGAGGCCCCAUGAGAUGCCCCUGGUACCUUUUUCAUAGGCUUUUUUGAACUUGGGCAAGGACACAGGGGCCCCAUGAUCCCUUAUUGCCCGGGGGCCCCAU